GACUGUGACGUGUUAUUUAGUGGACGGAACUCUUCUUUUUCUUUAACACAACAACAGCUCGUCAGCCAUCUCGGAAACCAAAAAUAGCUGAAACAUUAAAGCUCUCUUUACGCUUUCUGGUAUAUUAGCCACGGUGUUUGGACACAUUUAUGUAAUCUAGUUAGUUAUCACAAUUAAUUUAAUAUUUACGUUGUUGUUUUUGGUCAGCUAGCUGGCUGGUUAAGUUAGCACUAGCAUAGCUAGCUAACAUCUCCGACCAUGAGGUCACUAAGCUACUCUCCUGUUAAAGAAGUGAAAGAGGAGGAGGAAGAGGAGGCUGUUACAGUGAAACAAGAAGAGGAAGACGUUUCAGUGAAAGAAGAGGAAGACGCGUUCAGAGUGAAAGAGGAGGAUGAGGAUGUUACAGUAAAAGAAGAGGAUGAAGAGAUGGACAUUUCAGUGAAAGAAGAGGAAGAAGCGUUCCGAGUGAAAAAGGAGGAUGAUGUUAAGGUGAAGGAGGAAGAGAAAGAGGAGGAUACCGUUUUUGUAAUGAAGGAGGAAGGAGAGAUAACUGUCAUACUGGAGGAGGAUGAGAUUGGAGAUCUGAUUAACACCAGAGAGACACGUGACAAUCGUGGAUCCUCUGGGGAGCCUCAACGACAUCAUGAUGCUGACGAGGCAGAGGAGAGUCUCUCCGCAUCAGCACACCUCAAGAAACACCAGCGGAGACCCAAAACAAAAACUCACUGCUGCUCUGACUGUGGGAAAGGUUACAAAUAUUCAUCAGCUCUUAAAAAACACCAGAGGUUCCACACCGGAGAGAAAGUAUACCACUGCUCAGACUGUGGGAGGAGGUUUACUUCCUCAGUCGGAAUGCAAUUACAUCAGAGAACCCACACUGGAGAGAAACCAUACCACUGCUCAGAUUGCGGGAUGGGUUUUACUACCUCAUGUAGACUGAUAUCACAUCAGAGAAUCCACACUGGAGAGAAACCAUACAUCUGCUCUGACUGUGGGAUGAGUUUUACAACCUCCGGUGGAAUGAUAUCACACCAGAGAGUACACACUGAGAAGACUUUUGCUGCCCGGACAGCCCUGGCUACUCACAAACGAGUCCACACUAGGGAGAAACCGUUUCACUGCUCCGACUGUGGAAUGAGCUAUAUUACCUUCAGCGGCCUGAAAACACACCAGGCUAAACAUACCGGAGAGAAACCGUAUAGCUGUGAUGUAUGUGGGGAUAGUUUUUCUCUCUCCACAACCCUAUCUAUUCAUAAACGAAUACACACAGGUGAGAAACCUUACCACUGCCUUGACUGUGGAAUUAGCUUUUCUGCCUCAAGUGGCCUGAGAAGACACCAGAGAAAACAUACAGGAGAGAAGCCUUAUAGCUGUGAUCAGUGUGGGAAGGGUUUUCUUCGAUCAGACUCCCUGGCAAAACACAAGGCAAGAGCCACAGAGUGUGGAAUGAUUUCCAACACCAGACCUGGGUAGUAGAACAGAGAGUGUAGAAUGAUCUCCAACACCAGACCUGGGUAGUGGAACACAGAGUGUGGAAUGAUCUAUUUGUGAUAACUUUUGAUGUGGUAGUGUGUGUGUGUGUGUGUGUGUUCAACUUGUAUUUAAAAAUCCUACCACUUUUGAUUGAUCUAAUGUCAAAUUAUCACAAUUUUAAUUUUGUAAAUGGUGGAACAUUUAUAGAAAAUGUUAUAGAUGGAGCAUCAGGACAAUAAAUGUGAUGUUUUGAUGUAGUUGGAGACCCUAGAAGUUUUCACAUUCCAGAUAUAGCUGCAUAUAAACAGAAAAAUGAGUUUCUAAUAUCAUGUAGCCUCGACUCCAGGUUUCACUGACGUUGCUCUCCAAAAGCCUGAGCAAGUUCAUGUUGGAAAAGUAGGUAUGAAAGCAUCCUGAUUACCUGUGGCUGCUGGCUGAUUGGCUGAGAGUAUAUGCCAUUUUUCCAAAUCAACCAUAAUUUCCAUCCCUCUUCAGAAACAGAGUAAGCUAAGAAAACCCAUUUCAGUCUUCUGGGACCCUAACCCUGGGACCCUAACCCUGGAAUUGAGUCUUACUUUCCAGUGGGGACAAUGACACACAUGUUAAUGCCAAAUGCACACCAGAAUGUCUUUCCAAGAAGUGUUGUGUGUUCCUGACUGGUCCAGUCUCGGUCCUGAUUUAUAUCGACCUGAAAAUCAGAGACAUGGUAAACUCGGAACAUUGUUAUACGCGUAAGUAAAUAAAGGAGUGGAAGAGAGACUGGGUUUUUAUGUCAGAGGUUAAUGGUUCUCUGUAGAAAGACAGAUGCUAGCCUAGCUGUGUAAAUUAGCUUGCUAGACUAGCUGGGUAAUGGCUGUGGAAUGUGUUGGGUGGACUGGAGGAGAUCACAGGAUUGCUAUAGGGGAAGCGGAUGGACAUCUGUGGAUUAGGCGAAAGAGGGGUUGAGGUCAGAUCCCCUGAAGGGAGUAAUUAUGGUUCAUUACCCUCUUCCCGUCGAACCAGAAGAUGUCAGGAUUGGAGAGGAGUGUCCCAAGUGGUGUGUAUAUACUGGUGAUGAUGGAAACAUGUUGUUGUCUGAAUUACAGCUGUAAAGACCCUUUGGGAAGAAUUAAACUUGGUUAAGCUUC